UUGGCGCGAAGCAUCACUAGUUCGUGCAGUUUCACCACUUUCACUUUAACACGUGCCGUGCAAUUCGCUACAGAUGUCUGUUGCAGAGAAGAGUCCUGUGUUUUCGGGUUCUGUGCAGUAUGAUAAUGGCUCUCUCUUUUGUCAAAUGACCAAGAAGUGCGGUCUCAUCCUGCAUGGAAGAGGACGUCCGGGUACUCUGCGUGUGGAGCAGGGAAAAUUUGUGAACGACCUGAAUAACCUUCUUCUCAGCCACAAGGGGUAUCCUGAGGUGGUGCAAGACAUAUUAGAAGAUGUGCGUCAAUACCUUGAUGACCCAGAGACACUGAUGCAAGCAAUGACUCCCAUUGAAAAGCCUUCCAAGAGCUCAAGUGACAUCCAUCAAGACAGCAUUGUGCGCCUGCUACUGAGGGUGGACCCACUGCAGCAACAACUCUGCGAACUACUGCUGGAAAAAGUGGUGCAAACUGCCCAGGACACAUCAAAGAAUCUCCACAACCAAGUGUUAAAUCAGCUGCGACUGCUUGAUGGACUUGUGACAACGCACGAGUUUACAGAGCAAGUAUUUGAAGCCCUUGCUGCUGUGCCAGCCUGUGUACAAAGAGACAUGAUUGUGGCAUUACCAGACAUAUUACAUGACAGCUGCCACACUGAAGCGGCUCUCAAGCUAAGUGCAUUGUUGUGUGAAAACACAGAGGAAACUCCUGCCAUUCUGGAAGCAUUAGGCAACCUUUACAUGGACACCACACUAGUUAUCGAGAUGCAGACCCGCGUGUUAUCUUCUCUAAAGUCUGCUGAUGUGGCACAUCUCCCGAUGUUGGUAAAAUAUGUGCUUAACAACGUCACGUCGCAAGACAGUGUUGUAUCGUCGUUGCGAGAGAGUUUGGACUUUUGCCCUCUAGGGAAUACGGCUACUUCCAAGACAGAGGAAGACUAUCAGCUUCUUACUGUGAACGAAAUCAAGAACUCUGUUCGCUUUGACAAGCGUAUAGGGGAAGCUUGGUGUCGGGCAAUUGAAAACACUCGAAGCCCUUUGGAACAUAAGCCAUUGGACCUCAUAUUCCUAGUAGUAUGGUACAGUGUAUGUCAACGUCAGAAGGCAGUUGAGCUUCUUGUGAGGUCCAAGGCUCGACAAGGGCACUUUACACCCUCACUGCUCGCAGUUAUGUUCAACAACCAUGGUCAGGUAAUGAGAGCCUAUGCUGGUACAGUUCUGCAGUUGGCACAGGCACUGAUGUGGUGUACUGAACCAUUUGGGAGUCAUUUGUACAAGCGUGCUUUCCUUUGCUUUGAGGGCUCCAUGAGGCAGGAGGUCGUUGUGAACCUGGUGACUCAUGUUGGAAGUGGGAUAACAUCACAAAUGGAUGCUGCACUAUCUGUUCUCACACAUUUGGUCCAAGAACAUCCUCGAACGGUGGCUCCAUUUGGAGCAUUCUUCAAGAGUAUGCUAGACUUCGUGCACAACCUGGGCCUCUACCAAUUUCGUUCCCUGUUUACUCUGAUUGCGACUGUGGCAUACAGAGGGGGCAGUGAAGGAGGCAUGUUUCGGGAUGAGUUUCACGUCUACAUCCAUAAAAUGCUCAGUAGCUUCUGUCCAAGAUCACAGAGGGUGGGUGUAGUGGGUGCUCUUAUGGCUGUUCAAGCCAUGGCUACAAUGAACAGCAGAGAGAACAAUGAACCAGGUCCAGUGAACUCGUCUGUUACCCUGGCCCCUGCACUGCAGGAAGCCAUUGAGCUGCUCGAACUUUGCCGAUCUUCAACACUUGCCGCUCCCCAUGCUUUAGGCCUGUUUUAUGAUGAGCUCAGUCGUGUUGUUGUACUCAAACAGCUGCAUCAUCGUGUCAAGGCAUGGAUUGGAGACACCAUGAUUACAGACUUCCAGGACAAUUACGUGGUGGACGUGGAUGGCAUGUCUAGUGAGCUAAGGUUUGGACUGGAUAACCUUCCAGAUGGGGCCAUUGCUCUCAACUUGGGACACCUGGUGGAAGCAGAGCAGAGCACCACCUCAAGUGCUCUGACACUGUGUCCUCUCUUUCGCUUGCUGCGUGUCACUGAGCAGGUGCUUCACGGGGAUUCUCUGGAGGCCGUAGAUGCACUGCUUGGUUGCCCUGUUCUCUUUCCACGCAGUGACAGUGCCAAGACAUUGACCUGCACAGCAACGUUUUACUGCAUCAACUGGUUUCGUGAGCUUGUGAACGGUUUCUGUGGCACUGGGGAUAGCAGCAUCCGAGAGAAGGUUGUCGAUCGCAUCAAGCGCAUCAUUGAGCUACAGAACUGCGUCGAAAAAUGGUUACCAGCUAUCCCUGGCUAUGUUCCACCUUUAGCGGUGUUGGAUGUAGACAGUGCAAGACCUCUCACAGUUGUGGCAGCAAAGCGGGGGAAACCAGCCAAGGGAAGCAAAAAACGCAAACUGUCCAGUGAAGAAGAUGGUGCGCACUGCUCAGAGGAGAAAUCUGAUGAGCUGGAGGACACUGACAGCUGCCAUGUCACAGAAGGCAAAUUCUACUGGAGCCCAUAUGUUCGAGAGUUUGAUCUUGGAGUCUUUGAGGUUCUAUGCAUGGGUCUUCAAUACAAAGAGGGUGGAACAACUGGAUUCUCACCAAAAGAGAUGCUCUUCCUUCUGGAUGAUUUGAAUGCCAAACUAGAUCACUCGCUGUCCACAGGAAAGCGUCUCCCAUUCAAGGACAAGGAAAUCGUGGAACCAGGAUUUUCAAAUCUUGCAAGCCAGUCUCCCUGCAACAUCAUAAUUUUUUUUCUUCGCAUUCUCCCACAUUUGUUAUCGAUUCUUGAAGAGACAAGUUCCUACUUUCAGCUUCAUGAUGUCGAACCAACCAGUAUAGAAGAAGUGUCUGCUGAGAACAACAAAGAUGUUUCCCUCUGUAUGGCAAGACUGCUGACUAUAUUGCAUUGUGUGCUUGCAUGGAACGGGUUUGAUUCACCAGAUCACAGAGACCUGUUGCGUGAGAUGCUGCGUACAAUUUCUUCCCGUGUUGGUUCCACCCAGCUGACUCAAGGUCACGUCCUGCAACUGGGAAGGCGAUCCUUCUCCUAUUUGUCAGCAUUUGUGGACAGUGUGUGUGACUUGGAGUCUGGAGCUGCCCUGGUUCGACUUCUCUCUUGUCUCGCCCAUCGUGCAGAAAUGGAGCCAUGUGUGCAAGACAUUGCCCGUCGCUUUCUAUGUCGUGAUUGGCCACCUCGCAGCUCAACUGCUGCACUUCAAAUGCUCCUAAAUACUUUCCUCUCGGAGUCCCCGUCUGUGCUGAAAGCUCUUGAAGACAUUGUGGAUGAAGAAUCAAGUGACUUACGUGGCUUUCUCAAUAGAUGCAGUCCAAGCAUAUACUGUAAAACUUUAUUCAUCCAACUGGUGGAUUGUGCAAAGGCCCUUUCCUUCGACACUUCAAGUGAGGACAGGCAAUUGGAAAAGUGGAAUUUAGCAGUGGCAAUCUUCCAUAAGGUGCUCACCACAGUCAAGAAUGAUGCAGUUCGGGCGAAUCUUUCUGCAGCGUUACGGUUUGGACGCUUCUUUCUUGAACGCUUCUUGCGCGGUGGCAUGCCAGUACUUGAUGCACAAUUCAAAAGUUGUCCGAUGGAGGUUCAAGCUCUUCUCAAGAAUUUGCAACAAGGAACACGCUUUUUGCAGCAUGCCUGUGGACACUCAAAGGUAAUGAAAGAUGUAGGUUUGACAGGCCAAGUACCAUUUGUGAAAAGGGCUCUGGAAAGCUUGGUAUUCAGGGUGAAGGCAAUGCUACGUAAACAUGGCUGUCAAGAUGCGUUUUGGCUAGGCAACCUUAAGAACCGAGACCUUCAGGGCGAAGAAAUUCUCUCUCAGGCUACAGUUUCGGAAGAUAACGGAGAACAUUCGAAUGCAGACUCUACAGAUGAAAACCUUGAAGUCAGCGAGGACUACUGAUUUAUUUAUCGAAGACAUCUGCAGGCUGUGUAGCAUUUGUGAAGUAACACCCAGGAGCGAUGAGCCACAUGACGUCGUAUUUCGGUGUUGCUAGUAGCAGGCACUUUCUAAUGGAGCAUGCGAAAUCUUGUCAGUCUUGCAGCCAUCACCUAUAAGCCAAAUGGUAGAUAUGGAAAGUCAUACUUAACACUUGGCUUAUGGGUAACGACUGCAAAACAGAAGAUUUCACAUGCUUCAUUAGAAAGUGCCUUGAAAAGUCAUGACAUACGAAGUGAAUAACACCCAUCAAAGAGCUUCUGCACUACGUCAUUUGGUGUGGGAAAACCUGCAAUAAAGCACUUUGAGAAUUUUC